CUGGCCUCAGUCUCUAGGCGCCAACACUGAAAUGAGGUGCGUGCACGAUCUUACCAACCCGGGUCUGCUUUUCAUCCGCUGUUCCUCUGCUCUCAUCAGCCUUCCUGGCAGCAAUCUCAUCAGCAUUCCUGGCAGCAAUCUCAUCAGCAUUCCUGGCAGCAAUCUCUGGUUACUGAGGGACGCUUUCACACCUGGAUGUCAUCAGAUUCUCAGCUCACACGGCCCCUUAUUCACCAUGCUCCAAAACAUGGCUUCUCCCUCUCCUUCCUGUUCUCUCCAACUCUCUGUGCAAAACCCCACCUCUUCAUGA